AUGCCAGGUGCACGACAAGGCAACCGCCGCAAAGACAGAGACACCUUCGACUCCAAACCCCUCCAACGAAUCCGCCAACCCGCCAAACAACCCGAGAAAGAAAAGCCCACCGAACGCACACCCCACGCCAAACCCGUCCCCGAGAAACAAAAAGAAGACACAGACUCCGGUCCAAUCAACCUAUCAACAACAAUCCCCCUCCCCGUCCAACAACUCCUCCUCGAUGUCUUCAAGACAGCCCUCCUCACCACCCCGACCGACCCGCACGCCUCCCCCGAAACACAACCCAAUGCACGACCCCCCGCUACGCCGCUGGAUACAAAGACCCUUGUCCAGACGAUAAAGUCACACCUGUACCAGCGGGAUUUUGACUCGGCGUUUGCUGAGGCCGGGGAGGAAUUGCUGAGGGCGUAUGCGUUGCGGUGGAGUGCUGCGCGGGCGUUGGGGUAUGCGGGGAUUUUCAAGGCUGUAUUGGGGUGGAUGAGGUCUGGGGAGGGUGGGGAGGAGAUGAAUCUAUCUUUGUCGCGCUGUUUGGGGGAUGGGGAUGGGACGAGAGUUGUGUGUAUUGGGGGUGGUGCGGGUGCGGAGAUUGUUGCGUUGGCGGCGGUGUGGAGGGAUUUAAGGGAUGAUGGGGAUGGAGAUGGUGGUAUUGCGAAGUUGGAGGAUGGUGUUGCGGGGGUUUCUUUGGAUGAGAAGGGGAAGGAGAUGGAGAGGGAGAAAGCUGAUGGCGAGGGCGAUGAGAGUGUUGCUGAGCACAGUGACUCUCAGAAGACUGCUGGUCUAUCGCCGAAGCUCUCUGUGGCAGCGGUUGAUAUUGCGGAUUGGUCUAUUGUCGUGGAGCGUCUGGCCAAGACGAUUUCUUCACCGGAUGUUCCAGCGCAAAAGACAUCAAAGUACCACCCGCCUUUACUCUCCGAGUCUCAUGGUGCGACGGGUCUCGAUAUAUCCUUCACCCAAAAGGAUGUCCUCGGUCUUCCAGAGUCUGAUUUGAAAGAUCUCAUCCUGGGCAACGAGCAGACCACUCCCACUCCCACUCCAACAUCCCUCCUCGUCACCCUCAUGUUCGCCCUCAACGAACUCUUCACAACAAGCAUGCCCAAAACAACCGCCCUCCUGCUAAACAUGACCGAGAUCCUCCCAGUCGACGCAGUUCUGCUCGUCGUCGAUAGUCCCGGCAGCUACUCGACCCUGAAACUGGGUAAAGCUAAAGAUGGGGCUGCACAGGAGCGACAGUAUCCAAUGAAGUUCUUGUUGGAUCAUACGCUGCUUUCGGUUGCGAAGGGGAAGUGGGAGCGAGUUUUGACGCAGGAUUCGCGGUGGUGGAGGCGGGAUGCGGCGAGGUUGAGGUAUGAGGUUGGGGAGGGUGCUGGGUUGGAGGAUAUGAGGUAUCAAUUGCAUGUGUAUCGCCGGGUGUAG